UUCGCUUCUUCCUCCAUCUUCCCCUUCACAUCCGCAUCAUCCCUCCAACCACAACCAACCACAAUAUUCCCCAUUGAGACGUUUCAAUCCUUUGUCUCUGGGAAUCUGCAUUGCUGGUUCAAUCAGAACUCUUGGUUUUGUGACUUCGAGUCACGUAAUUGACUCCAAUCCCUCCAUAAUAUCCUUCACACAAGAUGCCUCCCCGAAUACAGAACCAGCUUGUCUCUAACUCCCUCCUCCCCUACAUCUCCUCUUCCUCUUCUGCCACAUCCUCCUCUUCCUCAUCAGCUUCCUCCCUCUCCAAGCUCACAUCAUGUUCCUCUUCAUCCUCCCGUCCUUUCUCUUCCACCGUGGCCACUCAAACAAGGCAGCGUGCCCAGAUGUUCGAAUGGCUCAACACUGAGGGAACUGCCUUGAAGCACCACACUCCCGGAACACCGAACUACGUCGGCUCCUUGAAAGAUCGUCGAUUUGCUGGGGAGGACUCGUCGGUACCGGACACCGUAUUGAGGAAGCCAUUCCCCUUGAACCCGCACUUUACCAGUGAGAAUAUCCUGAGUGAGGAGUUGCGUAAUGAGAUCUACAGACGGGUCACUGCUGAGAAGCAGAGUGUGCGUGCUGUGAGUGUCGACCUCGGUGUGGAUAUGAGGAGAGUUGCGGCUGUGGUUAGGUUGGUGGAGUUGGAGAGCCGAUGGAAACAACAGGGUAAACCUAUGGCUCUGCCAUAUGCCCGCGCCAUCCAUGAGAUGGUUCCCACAACCCCCCUGCAAGAGGGAAGCGAGGCUCGCAGGAGACCACACGAGUCUAUCAACGACCUUCCUGUUCACCGUCUUACGGAUCCUCAAAUCUUCUACCCUGUAUCCGAGUCUCGGCAAUUUACUCGUGUUGAUGCUGGUCGUGUGUUUUCCGCCGCCCCGGCUCUCGAGCACGAGAAGGUCAACGAGGCUCUAGCCAACCCUGAUGAGGCUGUCAGCAGCAUCACCCAGAACCCUGGCCGAAUUGAGCACGUGGGCAAGGGCAACGAUGAGCAGCAAGUUCUGCAGCCUGCUGAUGUGCGAAUUCCUCACCCCCACCUGAUUGCACACGAGCGUGAGCGCAUCAACAACCCUGAAACACGACAAGUCUGGAAGCGCUACGGUGAGCGUCUAAGAAAGGAGGAAGAAGCCGAGCAGGAGCGCAAGAGACUCGCCAAGGAGCGCAUCGAGCAGAAGACCACCAAGGUCCAGCCCGACGCGUCGCGCUUCGAAUUCCGUAUCAAGGAUGUCGUGGUUAGCAAGGAGACCACCGGCCACGACGGACGGGGCUCCAAGGCUCCCGGCCGCAGAUACGGUGUGCCCAACUACGAUCGUAGGAAGGGACAAGUUAAGAUUCCCACUCGUGUUGAGGUUUAAACUAUGGUGUAUUCAUUUUCACCACUGUGACAGUACUACUUUAAUGUUGAUGUACUUGUACAUAUAUGUCGUGUCGAGGGUUUUAGCAUCAUCUGUAUUUAUAUCAUGUCUUAACAACACCAGCCAAUGC